UACAGCAUACUCACUCUUUUCAUUUUGUUUUCCAUUCCACUUCCCUCGGCACCCUCUCUGUUCCUCUUUUCCUUCACUUCUUCCUUCUCCAAUUUUCUUUCAACUCAUGAAAUUUAUUUCACAAAUCAAGCACCCAUAAGAGAAAUUAUACAACAAAGCUAAGCUAUAUCAUAGUACAAGUGAGAUUUGGGUUUGAUUUUGGAGAUUGGGGUUAGGGUUCUAAGAAGAGAAUAGUACCCACUCUUGGUAAUUUCUCAUUGAGGCUCUUUAAGAUAUGGCGUCGGAUGCUUCACAUGCUUCUCCCUGAGUGAUUGGAGAGCACACUUAGUUGAUUCGUCAUAACUACAUGUGUUUUAAGAAUGAGGUUUUGAAAAUUACGGCUAUAAUGACGACGACCUAGGUGCACCUAGUAUGUGAUUUCAAUCAGGUAGAAUUACCCCGUUGGAUGGAGCCGCCCCUAUGGAAAGGCUGCCAUUAGGAGGAGAGGGCUAUCAAUGAGAGAUUCAAAGUCAAGUGCGUAGAAAGCUUGUAGCAGAGUUAAAGAUCUGUCAAUGUCAUUCUUUUGGUAUACACUUAUUGACGGUCAAGAUAGGUUAUGAAUGGAAUUAUAAUGCUCUCCUUUAAAGAUUCAAAGUCAAGUGCGUAGAAAGCUUGUAGCAGAGUUAAAGAUCUGUCAAUGUCAUUCUUUUGUAUGUUGUUUUUGUGUAGAAGAAACUAGAGUCCUUCCUUCCCUUUCUCUUUUUUGGGGUCUGUCUGCGGCGUAAGCGACAAGAAUAAGAAUAAUGGAUGAUGAUGAAUUGGAAUUAGAAUUUUCAAUUGAUGAUCCUUCAAUCUCAAUUCCAAGGGGUGGACCCAUUUACGUCUCCAAUAUGUCUGGCCCAAUUGUUAGGGUUCCUCUUUUUCAAGAUUCAAUUCUUACUCAACUUCACUCUCUCCAAUCCGAAUUACCACCUGAUUCGAAUCAUGAUAUCAGCGUCGAUGAUCUUAAAGUUUUUACAGAGGACGAUUUAAUGGACAUGGCUUUGAAACAAGUCUUUCAAGGUAGAGACAACAAUCAAGAUCCUCCUAAUGCAGAUUGUUCUGAACAAUAUAGAUUGAAUAUUGAAUUUGGUUGCCGGGGUCAGAAGAAGCAAUUCAGGAGAAAGUCUCGUCUAACAAAUAAACCCAUUCUUGAUAGUAAUUGUAAAGAAAAGGUGGAGGAGGUUGUCAGAAUCAAACAGAAGCAGGAGGAAGAUAAGGCACAAGUCAGACUUCAUUCAUUUCAUCCUGAUUGCAGGAUCAAUCAAUCUGCCAACAAAUCAAUCAAAACUCAAAGGAUGAUGUCUCUUAGGUCCACAAGUUCCGCCAGAAAGGUCAACACACUGGGUCUUCAGGAGCACAUACCUGUGCAGGAUUCAGAAGUUGUUCUCUCUGUCGAGAUUUUCCAUAAUUUUCGAAAAGGUGUCAAGCUAUCCAAUGCCAAAAAAAAGACCCAAGAGCUGUUAGUUCUUGGUGGGCAGAACUUAUCUGUAUUGAGGGACAAGAUCAAUUGCUCAACGGACCAGGUUAUGCAAAAGGCAGGCCAACAUGACCCUUCUGGUUAUUUUCUAAUUGAGGAUGUAUUUUACACUGAUUUGAGGGAUCCAUCUGCUAUUGAUUUGACCAGACCCAUACUCGAUUGGCUUCAAAACUCCAAGGAAGAGGCACAGAAGAAAUGGGAAUAUAUUAUAAAUGGGGAACUACAGCAGAAACAAAAGGCAAUUGUAGGGGAAGCAUCUGUAUCACACUUGCCUCGCUUUGCAUCUUUUGAGAUGCACAAGAUACAUUUUUGUGAUUUAGGCUUUCGGCUUGGUGCUGGAUACCUUUAUUGUCAUCAGGGUGACUGUACCCAUACCUUAGUAAUACGAGAUAUGAGGUUAAUUCAUGCCGAUGAUGUACAGAAUUGGGCUGUUUAUCCAAUUGUCACUUUUCAACUGAAGAUACGUUUUCAGAAAUGUGGUGUUUGCAAAAUAUUCAGAGCUACGAAGGUCACUGUGGAUGACAAAUGGACACCAGACAACCCUUGUUAUUUUUGUGAUGAAUGUUUUUCCCUUCUUCACCUAGCAGAGGAUGGCGGCUCUCCAAUGUAUACCGACUUCAUAGAAUAUGAUUAUAACCAUGAUUAAUUGUUGUUAGCCUUGGAGGGACACCUACCGGCGAUUGAAUUUUUGCGAAGAUCACACUUUUUUCAAUAGUUUUGUUCAAUUUGUGCAUUGAAUUAUGUAGUUUUGGAGUUCGGAAGGUAAAAUAUUCAGGCAUGAGAAAUUUUGUCUGAUGCAUAUUUCAAAAUCUUUGCUACAACACGUAUUUUGGAUCAAUAAUGUUGUAUGGCUCGAGAAGCAUUUCGUGGGAUAAUGCACCAGCGCUUAUAGACAUACUACUGUGAGGACAAUUUUAUAAUAUAACUCAUAAUAUAUCUUUUCCACA